AUGAUCAACUCUCGCCGCGCCGUCCUGGCAGCGGUCUUUAUCCUGACUGUCUUCUUUCUCCUUACGCGAACUCACAGCUCGACACCUAUAGUCCCAGCUGCCAAAGAUGCCGCCGCCGCUGCCACCGCCGAUGCAAGCAAGAACGAAGCCCCUGCCUCGAAUCAGGCUGUGUCACCACCUCCCGAGGAACAAAAGCAAAUGGAGGUAAAGGAGCGUCGCACACGGCCUCGCAUCGACAUGUCGGGCAUGACCACCUCCGAGAAACUUGAAUACGCCUACCCUUACGAUGUCACGAUCAAGUUCCCCGCCUACAUUUGGCAGACGUGGAAGCAAAGCCCUGAUCAGGGUGAUUUUCAGUUCAAGGACCACCAUGCUUCUUGGAGAGAAGAACAUCCCGAAUUUGUCCACGAAGUUGUGACCGACGACGUUGCUAUCAACCUCAUUAGCAUGCUCUAUGCCACAGCCCCCGAGGUCAUUGAUGCAUACCGAAGCCUCCCCAUCCCUGUCUUGAAGGCCGACUUCUUCCGUUACCUAAUCCUAUACGCCCGAGGCGGUAUUUACACUGAUAUCGACACCUACGCUAUCCAGAGUUCUGUCAAGUGGCUCCCCGCUCAGAUCCCCCGCGAUACUGUUGGCUUGGUUAUUGGCAUUGAGGCGGACCCAGACCGCCCCGACUGGGCUCAAUGGUAUAGUCGCCGUAUCCAGUUUUGCCAAUGGACGAUACAAGCCAAGCCCGGACACCCUGUGCUUCGCGACAUCAUCACCCGCAUCACCAAGCAGACUUUAGACUUGAAACAACAGGGCAAGCUCGAAAAGUUCCUUGAUCGCAAUGUUGUUGAAUUCACGGGACCUGCUGUAUGGACAGAUGCUAUCAUGGCGUAUUUCAACGAUCCACGUUUCUUCGAUAUGUCAGGAAGCAAGGGCCCAAUUGACUACAAAAACUUUACUGGCAUGGAAACGAGCAAGCGAGUGGGUGAUGUGGUUGUAUUGCCCAUCACGAGCUUCUCACCUGGAGUGGGACAGAUGGGUGCUAAGGAGCCUGACGACCCCAUGGCCUUUGUCAAGCAUGAUUUUGAAGGAACAUGGAAACCAGAGAGCGAACGCCACAUGGGUGAGCAGCAGCAACAAGAGGGACAGCAGGCACCUCUGCAGCAAUAA